AUGUCCUGCUCCAUUGGCAUUCAACCGGCCUCAACAUCGAUCCAUGACCCUUCUUGGGGUGCCGCCCUCAGCCUGUGGCCUGCAGGCGACCAACUCGAAGGUCUUGAGUCUAUACCGCCGACUUUUGCGACAUGGGAUUUCUCACCCGGACAGGACUUGUACAAUCCUGAUGUGACGUUGAAUGCAACUCAUGACCCCGAACGAUCACCAGAAAAUGAUACCGGUAAUGUCUCUUCGCACGGGGCACAGCCUGCCCCAAGUAACGGCCAACUCAAAAAUCGAAAAAACCGUGACACAAAGCCCCCCAAAACAGGUAUCCAGAAGACUCCAUCACGGGAGAGAUUCUUGGAACGAAAUCGGCAAGCAGCCAGUCGAUGUCGACAGAAGAGAAAAGAGCACACGCAAGUCCUCGAGUCACGGUUCAAGGAACAGUCAAUCAAGCAUCAGCAGCUGCAGUCUGAAUUCCGCUGUCUUCGCGUGGAGAUCCUUGGUCUGAAAAACGAAGUGUUAAAGCAUGCACACUGUACAGAUAACCAUAUUUCCGAGUAUCUCGCGCAGAUGCUAGAAAGGGUACAGGAGUACGGGCCGCAAGACAGGACGUCUAGCAUCAGUGGUUCUUCCGAACUUGAGUCGACCGACUCGAUAGAUGAAAGUUUAGCACACGCUGAUUUGGAUGAUCUGCUUGUUUCAGAAUAA